CACCUUCCGCAAAGCCAGCCGCUCGCUGCCGCUCCCGCUCUCCCCCACCUCGGCUCAGCGCCUCGCACGCUCCUACCAUCUCCCCGAUCAGCGACCAUGGCUGCUCCUUCUACCGAGCGCUCGCUCAAUUUCGACGUGAUCGUCGUCGGCGCGGGCCUCAUGGGCAGCUGCGCGGCGCACGCGGCGGCGUCCCGCGGCGCGCGCGUGCUCCUGCUCGAGCGCUUCGACCUCCUCCACCACCGCGGCUCGUCGCACGGCGAGUCCCGCGCCAUCCGCGACACCUACCCGCAGCCGCACUACCCGCCUAUGGUCCGCCUCGCGCGCCGCCUCUGGGACGACGCCCAGCGGGACGCCGGGUACGCCGUGCUCACGCCCACCCCGCACCUCGACCUGGGGCCCCGGGACGAUCCCAACUUCCGCGCCGUCGUCGCCAGCGGCGCCACCGAGCUCGCACCGACGGGGGCCGCGCCGCGGCCGGCGUGGGCGGAGGCGUUCAGGGUGCCGGAGGGGUGGGCGGCGGCGAGCAGCGAGCUGGGCGGGGUGAUCAAGGCAACCAAGGCCGUGGCCAUGUUCCAGGCGCUCGCCGCCAAGAUGGGCGCCGUCGUGAGAGACAGGACGGAGGUGAUCGACGUCGUCGCCGGAAAGAAAGGAGAAGGAACGACGAUCGUGGUGAAGACAUCAAGCGGCGAGGAGUUCCAUGCCGCCAAGUGCAUCAUCACGGUGGGUGCGUGGACGAGCAAGCAGGUGAAGUCCGUCACCGGUUCCGACCUGCCGGUGCAGCCGCUCCACACCCUCCUCUGCUACUGGAAGGUGAAGCCCGGCCACGAGCGCGAGCUCACGACGGAGGCCGGUUUCCCGACGUUUUCGAGCUACGGUGACCCGUGCAUCUACAGCACGCCGUCGAUGGAGUACCCGGGCCUGAUCAAGAUCGCCAUGCACGGCGGGCCGCCGUGUGACCCAGACAGCAGGGACUGGACCGUCGGCACCACCGAGGGCGAGGGUGGGCUGGCGGAUCCCGUGGCACGGUGGAUCGACGAGGUGAUGCCGGGCCACGUCGACACUGCCGGCGGGCCGGUGCUCCGGCAGGCGUGCAUGUACUCCAUGACGCCCGACGAGGACUUCGUGAUCGACUUCCUGGGCGGCGAGGAGUUCGGGAGGGACGUGGUUGUCGGCGCCGGGUUCUCUGGUCACGGGUUCAAGAUGGGCCCUGCCAUCGGGAGGAUCCUUGCUGAGAUGGCGUUGGACGGUGAGUCAGGGACGGCGGCAGAGGCUGGCGUGGAGCUCGAGCACUUCAGGAUCGGACGGUUCGACGGCAACCCGAUGGGGAACGCUACAAGUUGAUAAGAUGAAAAUGAUUUGGUGGUCAUGCCCAAGUGGUAACCACCGCAAUUUCCAUGUGCCAACAAUCUGUGCAGUGGUACUGCUGAACUAUGUGCAACUUUCAUGUGUUUUCUGUUUGUCGCUAAGUGAAAUAUUUCUGUGAACUUUCGAUCAAUGGAGUUGCACGUACGUUGAUGCA